GAACAGCAAAUAAAGCAGUAUGCCUUAUCCUUGGAAAAGUUAUGUUAAGUUAGUAUGCUUAAACAUUUAGUUAAUUUUUUUUUUUAUCUCUGACCACAUGCUCUCCUUUUCCCCAUAGGUUUUCAGGAAGGCAUCAAAGAUGAAACUGUUUUUGUUUUUUCUAUUAUGGAUCCUCAGGAGGGCUUCUAGUUUUCCUCAGAGUGGUUCGAAGUGUCCUGCUGAUUCAUUCCUUUAUUUAUCCAGUUGCUUUACCUAUUUUAACGAUAGAAUGGGUUGGGAUCAGGCAGAAGGCAUGUGUCAACAAUAUGGCUCUCAUCUUCUCACCAUUCAAAACUUUCAUGAAGCCUCUGCCAUUGCUGCUUUAAUAAAAAACUACCAAGUGAAUGAAAACAUCUGGAUUAGAUUAGAAAAACCUAGUAAGAAUAACCAGUGGAAAAUCACUGGUCAACUUAAAUAUGGACAACAAACACCACUAAAGGGCCAGGAAGACACUAUAAAACAUGAAGAGUGUGUGGAACUUGUAGCAAGAGAAGGGUUCUUGAAGUGGAAUAACCCUCACUGCCAAGAAAGAAGGCCCUUCUUGUGUCAAAACUUGCCCUUUCAUUUAGGAUAUUGGAUGAAAGAGAAUAAUGUCACAAAAUUAAGCAAAGUAACUAAAAGUGAUGAAAAAAGCAAGAACAAUCAAUUCAUGAAAUUUGAUGGUGGAAUAAGAGAAAAAGCUACAACAAAGGAAGAUAAAAUAACAGAGGAAUGCCUUUUCACAAAUAAUCAUUCAUCAGAAAAAAGCUUGACCUCAUUUCUGAUGGUGACCUUGGUAUUCAUCUCCUUCCUUAUUUCCUUCUUUCCCUAAGUCAAUAGCCCCAAACAAAAUCUGCAAACUUGGCUUGAUUAAUGUAUUUCCAAUAAAUGGACUCUGACAUACUGUAAAAUGUCCGAGGACAUCUAUUUCAGAAGCUUUGAUGGGUCUGUGACUUUAUCCUAUUUACAAGGUAACAAGAUAUCCUGCCACAGUUUCAAGGGAAUCAGCGGAAAACCGUGACUCCUGAACACACAGAAGACUCUAUUGCCCAGAGCAGCCACUGUGGAGUAUCAGCUUUUGCAGUGGUUUCCCCACGCUUUACAAGGCUACAUAAGGGGGCAAGAUGAUAGUAUGCAUACACAUGGGUUCUAUUAGGAGGAAGAACUCUAAAUUUAGGGAACUCAAAUUUUUACAAGUUAGCUUACCUAAUUUUCACCCUACAAUGAGACAUGAUCUUUAUUACAACUUGUCAGAAAACAAGCCUGCCCUUUGUUCUGAAGGGAGAUACUAUCUCUGUCUUUCUAGGGUGUUUGCUUCAAAAAAAACAAGAAAUCCUUGAAAAAAUGGUCCAAAACAAAGGCAGCC